UCCGCCCGGGACAUCACUAGCAUGGCGGAACAGCGAGCAGGAAUUCCGGCUAUGAGUCGAUGACAGCCGCGUCGUCGACGGCGGUAACACCGACGAUGACACUCCUCUAGCGUUACACACAUCUGUUGCCUGGCGACCGGAGAGACACUUGGCACCAGCGUGUCCGUGGCGGAUACACACACACACACACACACACACACACACAGCUGUGUGGGCCGUCGGCUGCUGUCACACUGUACACAGAGGGCUGGACAGGCGGCGGAUGAAGACCUGAUGCUCGGAGUUGGACCGGUGCCUUCUUCUCCAUUCGGACUCCUCUCUGGGAUUAACUAGACUACAUCUUCCUGCUGCUGCUGGAGACUUUUCUAGAGCACACUAUGGAUGUGUUCGGGUUGCUGAACUUGGACGAGCUGUCCCACGGACUGGCAAACUUGUCUAUGUUUCCGUGUUUUGACAUGGCGCACUAUAUCGUGUCAAUCAUGGCUCUGAGGGAGCAGCCAGGCGUCCUCGAGGUCUCCAGAGUCAGCCCCUUGGCCUGCUGGUUCAGCUCCAUGCUCUUCUGUUUCGGCGGAGCCGUGCUGUCUGCCGUCAUGCUGGCCGAGCCGGCCAUCGCACCUUUGUCCAACAGCACCAGUGUCCUGCUCGCUUCGAUCACCUGGUACCUAGUGUUUUACUGCCCCAUGGACCUGGUGUACUGUUGUGCCGCCCUGCUGCCUCUGAGGCUGGUGCUGUCAGGGAUGAAGGAAGUGACCAGGACGUGGAAGGUGCUCGGGGGGGUCACCCAGGCGCACGGCAAAUACAAAGACAGUCUGCUGGUUAUGAUCGCCGUCGGGUGGGCUAAAGGUGCUGGAGGGGGUCUGAUAAGUAAUUUUGAGCAGCUUGUUCGAGGUGUAUGGAAACCAGAGACUAACGAGCUCCUCAAAAUGUCUUACCCCACCAAGAUCACCCUGAUAGGGGCGGUGCUGUUUGCUCUGCAGCAGACCCACUACCUGCCUCUCCAGAAGCACCACCUGAUGCUCAUCUACACCAUCUUCACCGUCAUCAACAGGUCGAGGAUGAUGCUGACAGGCUCCUCCACCUCACCAUUCGCUGCCGUCGAGUCGGCCAUCUACAAGACCCUCUUCACCGGCCACUUCCCUUACGCCGCCCUCACCGGCGAGGUACAGGAAGCAUGCAUCGAUCAUGGCGCAACCAAUGGGACGACGACCUCCGCCGACACAACAACCAAAGAGUCCGGUGAGCCCGUCAAGGGACGAAGCGGAUCGCUCGAAGCCAAAGAGGAGUCAGAGAACGCAGAGACGACAGGCUGCAAGAAGACCAACUAAUCAGCCUCUGCCUCAUAGCGCCUUUUCACCUUGAAGCAGGGUGGUGGAGUCACUUCUGAUUCAGAUUUGUGUCAUGUCAGGACUUAAACUUGGUAUUAUUUCUCUUUUAUCAAGACAUAGGUUUUUAUUUUCUUAUUAAUUUCUUAGAAUGCAAUUUAAAGGUCCCAUAUUGUGAAAAGUGAGAUUUUAAUGUAUUUUACAUAAUAAAGCAGGUUUAAGUGCUUUAUAAAUACUGUUAAACUAU